CAGACUUUCCCCACUUAAAGAAAUACAUAAAUCCACAUAGUAUGUAUUAAACAAUUAAACUAGUUAAGAUUUAAAAUGCUUCUCUGAAAUCUCAUGCUCCCCAUCUGCAAAUAUAUAUUAUACUCUCACACCCCACCAAACUGACUAAAAAGCCUUAUCUUUUUCAAACCCCAUUAUACUUCAUUCAACUAUUAACAGUAUAUUUUAUUAGGUUUCUCCCUUUCUCAUAUCAUACAUGCUCAAGUACUCUUACCAAUAUUUGUUGCAUUAUAAACUUGAACCAUUUGUUCUUCCCAUCUAUAUAAGCAUACCUUUCAACAAACAAAACACUGUAUCAAUUUUGGCUCUCCAUGGCAGCUCAAGUUUUCAUGAUAUAGGAUUUAAGAGGUUGGUUGGCCAAUACCAGAUUGGGCACAAGUUGCUAUAAAGCUGAGGCUAAUUUGAUCAUUUUCCUUCUCUUAUUGGCAUAAAAAGACUCAAACAAGUGACUUGACUUGUUCUUGGGUAUUCCUCUUUAGAAGGCAGCUAAUCCUGGAAUUGUAAUUAUCAAUGGAUGGUUUGGGUUGGGAUGGCUUACAAGGCACAAACACACCAUCCUUGUGGAGUAAUCACCAUCAUGGUCUUGAAGAAAGCUUGGUUCUGUCCAACUCAAAUUCCAGUUUGUUCAAUCCAAUUCAGGUGCUCCAACACGCUCAAACAUCUCAUAAUUAUACAAAUUCUGAAAGAGUGAGUGACAUGAUUCAGCCACCAGCUGUCCUAUUGGAUUCAAUGAGAGCUGAGUCAAACAUGAACAACUUAUCCCACCAGCAAGAAGCUAUGAUGUUACGUGGAGAAACAAUGGUUGCAAAAUUAGGAGCUGGGACAAGUUUAACAUCUGAUCAAUUAUAUCCUUCUUCUUUGAUCAAUAGGCCUUACAGCAUGAACCCACCGAGAUGUGUCAUGGGGGGUUUUAGGUUGCCACUCCAAUCACAAGUCAUUAACGGCUUACAAAAGGGCCAGGCUCAAGCAACAACAUGCUCACUUGAGUCAUUGGAUUGCCUGCUCUCAGCUACCAAUAGCAAUACAGACACAUCGGCCGAAGAUGAUGGGAUUUCCAUGUUAUUCUCUGACUGCAGAAACUUAUGGAGCUUUGGUUCUGGCAGUGCAGCUUCAUCAGGUGAGUCCGAGAAUAAUGCCUCCAAUAAUGCAAGAAACAAUGACAUGCAACACUGCCCUGUAAAUGAGAUUGAUGAGACUGUGUCUCAAAAUUCCUCGGAUCUCUAUGUCAAUCAUGGAAAAAAAGUUCAAGAAUGCAAGCCUGUUUCUACAAAGAGAAGCAAUGAUCAAACUGAGCUCAAGGCAGCUGUUCCAAACUAUCAUUGUUUGGAUCUUCUUCAAAAUGAUCAUUCUGAUAAUUCAGAAGGUGGUUUUAAACUCAUCUCUGAGAAUCCACCAAAAUCCAAAAAACCCAGAUCAGAGAAGCAACCAAGCUCAUCCAACAUCAACUUUCAACAGUCAACUUCAUCAGUAUCAUCUUCCAUUGAAGAACCUGAUCCAGAGGCCAUUGCACAAAUGAAGGAAAUGAUUUAUAGGGCUGCAGCUUUUAGGCCAGUGAACUUGGGUUUGGAGGUGAUGGAAAAGCCAAAGAGGAAGAAUGUUAAAAUAUCCACAGAUCCACAAACUGUGGCUGCAAGGCAAAGGAGGGAGAGAAUCAGUGAGAGAAUUAGGGUUUUGCAGAGGCUGGUUCCUGGUGGAAGCAAGAUGGACACUGCGUCAAUGCUUGAUGAGGCUGCAAACUACCUCAAGUUUCUCAGGUCACAAGUCAAAACACUAGAAAUUCUUGGCCACAAACUUGACACAAUGAAUUAUUGUCCUCCUGCAGACUUUGCCUUUUCUUUUAACCCUUCUUUUCCCAUGCAAACCCAUCUACCACUCCAAAACCCUAACCAUAUCCACCAUUCACAGAGUUGAAAACAGUGACCAACCCCCCCAAAAAAAAAAAAAAAAAAAAAAAUUCCAUUGUACUAUCAAGUCCCUUAAGCUGCAUUAAGAUACUUUAACCAAAGAUCCCCUAAUCAUAUUCAACAUCAUUUCAGUACCAAUCAUUAACAUCCCAAAUCCCAUUUUCUAGCCCCAAAAAAAAAAGUUUGAAAAAUCUAUUGUGGCCCGGCCCAUAUCAGAAUUUUCAUUAUUAUAUGUCUAUGUGGUCUACUAUGUUCUAAACUCUUUAACUGAUGAGAAUGGCUUUUUCCUAAUUAUCACCAUCAUGAGACCCACCGCCCAACAGCAAGCAGAGUUUUUUGGCUUCACUGUAUGUUACCCUUUAUUAGUUUUGCUUUUGCUGCUUCUACCAUCAAUGUGUUUUGUUCAAUGAAGGAAGAUGAUUAUAGUGGAAGUGGUAGUAAGGGGUGGAAUUUGCUAAGCUAUUCGUGAACCUUUUCUGUACAAAAAGGCUUAGCAAUUAUAACACUUAUGAUUAAGAUGGAUGCCAAGAAAGUGAUUGGCACUUUGUUAUAUUGUUGUUAAAUGUGAUCUAUGUAGUUAAAGCUCACUUUCUUAGUUA